CUUGCCAACGAGAACACCAGCGGAAGUAAAUAGUCGCCAUGGCGUGUUAGCUAGUGAGAGGGGAUAAAGUAGCAAGUUAAGCGUGGGUGCUCCAUUAAGUUUAACGGAGAAGAAACAUUUACAACCUUCAGGUUUAGUUGGUUGGAUGUUGGUAAAUAAAAGACUCACCACGUCUGCAUCUCCAUUAAAAUACAACACGAGAGUCGAGUGACCGUUCGGCACGUUCGAGGCCUGGAAAGACGCAUGCUAGCGUAGCUCAGUUAGCCACCGUUAACGCGGCUGUUCGGCUAACGGCGUUUUGUAGCACCACAGCCGAGCCGAAGACCACUGAAGUGGUUCGUUUCCCCAGCUGAUGUCGGCUGUCCUAUCAAACAGAUAAGCAGUGUCAACCCCAGCUGGCGUUAACUCUGGCCGUGGUGGAGGGAAAGUUCGGCUGGAUCUAAAAUGAUCAUUGAAAACCUUGAUGCCUUGAAAACAUGGCUGUCUGAAACCCUCGAGCCCAUCUGUGAUGCAGACCCCUCUGCCCUGGCUAAGUAUGUUGUUGCUCUGGUGAAGAAAGACAAAACUGAGAAGGAACUUAAAGCCCUAUGUAUAGACCAGUUGGAUGUAUUUCUCCAGAAAGAGACCCAGCCAUUUGUGGAUAAGCUGUUUGAAGCCAUUAACAACAAAAACUACCUCCCGCCGCCAGAUCAACCAUCCUCUCUGAUCAAAGUUGAGAAGGAUGAGCCGAAAAAAGAUGAGACAAACCGCGAAGACGAACGGGAGAAGAAGUUUCCUCGGAGGGUGAAUCACAGUCCACCCCAAUCAAGUUCUCGUUACAGCAGAGAUAUCAGGAGAGGAGAUGAUCGUAAGAGAGACGACCGCUCUAGAAAGAGGGAAUAUGACCGCAUUCCACCACGGAGGGACUCGUACCGCGAUCGCUUCAACCGCAGGAGAGGCCGCAGUUACAGUCGUAGCCGCAGCCGCAGUUGGAGCAAAGAUCACAUCCGAGAACGCGACCGAGAAAGGGAUAGGGAUAGAGACAGGGACAGGGACCGGGACAGGGAUCGAGAUCGCAGCAGGAGCCGGUCACACAGCAGAACUCGGUCUGGAAGCAGGAGUAGAGAACGAGAUUCUGGAAAGUUGAAGUUUGAUCACGAUCGAGUGGACAGGCCAGAGAAUGCUGAUUGCUUUACCCCAGCAGCUCUAGUCCCCACUGCAACCACUUCACAUUUCCCUGUGCCAACACUGAGCAGCACCAUUACAGUCAUUGCCCCCACACAUCAUCAUAGCAACAAUACCCCUGAGAGUUGGUCAGACUUCCGCCCUGGGCAACCUGUGGAUCGUGGCCUUUUUAAUAGAGGACCCCCCCCUCAACAGAGGAAGCGAUGCCGUGACUAUGAUGAAAAGGGCUUCUGCAUGAGAGGGGACAUGUGUCCUUUCGACCAUGGAAGUGACCCAGUUGUCGUGGAGGAUGUCAAUUUGCCCAACAUGCUGCCCUUCCAACCUCCACCAAUCCCAGGUGGCGACGCACCACCGCCCCCAGGCCCCCCACCACCUCUUAUGAACCCCCCACCCGUGAACCUGCGGCCCCCUGGACUCCCACCAGGUUCCCUCCCACCCAGCCUUCCACCUGUUGCAGGUCCUCCUCCUCCACUUCCUCCUCUGCAACCGUCAGGGAUGGAUGCUCCUCCCAAUUCCAUGACCAGCUCUGUUCCCACCAUUGUCACCUCUGGGAUGCGCUCCUCACUUCCCCAGGCCCCAGUGCCCCGCUUCACCUCUGACCACUAUGAGACAGAUGUGUAUAAUCCUGAGGCUCCCAGCAUCACCAAUACCUCCAGGCCAAUCUACCGCCAUCGGGUCAGUGCCCAGAGACCUAACCUGAUUGGCCUCACAAUGGGAGAAGUGGACCAGCCACCAAGAGACAAGGUCCCGAACAACAGCAUGAGGAUCGUUAUGGAAUCGGAUUUGAGGAAGAGACCACCCGUCUCUCAUGAUGGAGGCCUUCCCUUGAAAAAACCUUGGUUUGACAAGCCCAACUUUAACAAACCCAACCACCAGGGCUACCACACAAGAGUCCCAUUCUCCCCAAACACCAAGCUGCUGGUUCGUCAAAUUCCUCCCGAGCUCAACAACAUCAGCAAACUCAAUGACCAUUUCAGCAAGUUUGGCACCAUUGUCAACCUACAGGUGGCCUUCCAGAAUGACCCAGAAGGGGCACUGAUCCAGUUUGCCUCCCCACACGAGGCCAAGCAGGCUAUGCAAAGCACAGAGGCUGUUCUCAACAACCGCUUCAUCAGGGUGCACUGGUUUCGUGAUGAUGGGACUGAUGGCCAGUCUAUCUCACAGCAGCACCCUCAGCAACAGACGGACAUGCAGGCCUCAGACGUGUUUCUUAAGCAGUCUGUCAAAGAUCGCCUUGGACCCCUGCUCAAUGCAAACUCUGAGCCAUCACAAGAUUCCAGUGUCGCCUCUCAGCAGAAUCCCUCAAAGGUGUCGGUGAAGGACCGUUUGGGGUUCUCUGCCAAACCAGCAGCUCCUAUUGAAAAAGUGUUUUCUACAUCGAUGGGCCUCACAAAGACUGUAUACAAUCCUGAUGCCCUGAAGGCAGCCCAGAAAAACUCAGAGGAAGCCCUGAAAAAUAAACAGGAAGCUCUAAGACUACAGCAGGAUGUAAGAAAAAAGAAGCAGGAAAUAUUGGAGAAGCACAUUGAGACACAGAAGCUCCUGAUAUCUAAACUUGAGAAGAACAAAACAAUGAAGGCAGAGGAUAAAGCCAAGAUCAUGGAAACUUUAGGCAUGCUAACCAAGAGCAUCACCAAACUUCAAGAGGAGAUAAAGGGAAUCUCAGGCAGCAACAACCAGCUACGCACAUCCAAGACCAGGGCACAGGCACAGAAGGAACUGCUGGACGCGGAGCUGGACCUGUACAAGAAGACCCAGGCCGGAGAGGACAUUGCUUUGUUGAAAAUAAAGUACACGCAGCUGCAAAUUGAGGCGGCUAGAAGGGGGAUCCUGUCUCCCGGAAGAGGCCGGGGGGUCCACGCUCGGGGCCGUGGUGCUCUCAGGGCCCGGGGACGGGGCUCCAGAGGACGGGGAAGAGGUGUGUCGCUGCAUGCAGUCGUGGACCAUCGGCCGAGAGCGGUGGAGAUUUUUGGAUUCACUGAGGCAGACCAUGUGGACCUGCUGCCACACUUUGCUCAAUUUGGAGAGAUUGAAGAUUGCCAGAUUGAUGGAAACAACCUGUCUGCAGUCAUCACUUUCAAGACCAGAGCAGAGGCAGAACAGGCGGCGCUUCAUGGAGUGAGGUUCAACAACCAGACUUUGCGUCUGGCCUGGCAUAAAGUGGUCAAGACUCUCAGUGCUGCGGAUGCUGAUGACGCUGAACCAGAGGAAGAUGAGUACCCAGAGGGGUCGCUGAGUGACGAUGCAUUGCUGCAGGAUGAUGACGAGGAAGAAGACGACAACGAGCCUCGCUCUUGGCGCAGAUGAAGAUCAGUUGGACGCUCUUCCCUGGAUACAUUGGUUUGGAAGAAGAGCAGCAUUCCAGCAAAUUAAAAAGAUUUCAAUGCCUGUUCAUAAACAAACAAGGCACAUUUUACUUUGGCUAGACUUUUUUUUUUUUUCCAUUCAAAUGUGUAACUUGCAGAAGAACCAUGUACGAGUUUGAUUAUUUUUAAUGCGUAUACCAGAUGCCACAAUGGUGAAUUUUUUAAUGCUCUUAAUGUAGACAUUAUUUUUUGUUUUUGUUAUUUCGUUUCACAAAACGUAGAAUUAGUCUGGACAUGUGACAGCUGAUCACACCUGUUGUUGAACUCUUAGUUUAAGAAAAAAAAAAAAACCUGUGUUGUAAUUGAAUGACUGUAGCUUUUGCAGAAAGGUUAGGUAGGUUGACUGGUUUAAAUGCUCAUGUGUAAAUAUUUUAUGUCUGGGUUCAAAUGAUUUGUAUGAAAGCUUGGCUUCUCAGUUCUUGGCUUAACUUUGGAUUGUACAAAAAAUAAAGAAUUGAAAUGGUCUGAAAACAUCCUGCCACAAAAAAAAUGAAAACACAAAAAAAAGAAGAAGAAAUUAUAUGGCAGUGAAAAAAAA